AUGGCGUUUCAGACGCCUACAUGUAUGUCAGCGCUGGGGCUUCCGCAAUCGCGACUCCGUGACCGAGAUGCCGCUUCUAUGAGUGCCAAGGAAGCUGCGCUGUUCCGGCGGCGGCGUGCUAUUGCCGGCGUGGUGCUCGUCGCACUGUGUCUGUGUGUCAUGAUGACCUGGCGCCUCUCCACGCAACUUCCAUCGUCUGCGACGUCCCGAACGACUCGCGGCUUUCGAGAUGAGAAACAGAUCGUAGUGGUGCUCACUCAUUUUCGAGACAGCGACGCGUGCGCCCAAGCGAUCGUUGAUGCGCGCGCGACGGCAUUCCUCCCGCGAGUCCACUUCCGCGUCUUUGAGGAGCUGUAUUUGACGCAGGAGCAGACGUGCGUGCAGCGGCUCUGCGAGCUGAAGCCCAAAGACUGCAAGCAAUUGCUUCGAUCCGGACAGCUUCGCAUGCAAAGGAGAGAUGCGUCGGGCGCUCUUGGAACGACCGUUGCUCGAUACAUAGCAGAAGGGAUGGUGGAGCACAAAUUCGUGAAUGACUUUUACCUUUCGGUGGACCCGGCGGUGGUAGUCUUCACAGAGAACUGGGAUCUCGAGCUUCUCAAGGAAUGGUAUAGCGUGGGAAAUGAUAUGGCUAUCCUGAGCGUUGCCCCCAAGGCUAUUCAACUGCGUGGUCUAACGAACUCGACUGUACUCGUGCAAUGCUCAGCGCGCAUCCACUCCAAGUCUUCAGACGCAGUGGUGGAAUUUAAUGCCCCCGAGCCAAUGCCACGUCAAGGAGCUGCGCUUCUGUCGCCGGUGCUGCAGACGCAAUACUCGGAAGUGUUUCACUUCGGUCCAACUCGAGCACUUUUCGACGUGCGCUCGGACCCCCACACGCCAUUGAUCUCGGUCGGCCACGAAUACGCGCGAGCGACGCGCUUCUGGACUCGCGGCUACGACUUCUAUGCACCUAACGAGGACGUACUGUUUGCUCGAUACCAGUGGCAGGAGCCUCCACUUCCGAUGGCCUCUGGGGCUAUCGGCGACGAUACAGACAUGCAGCAGCAGAGCAGGAAGGACGAAGCCAACCGGCGUAUUCGACGGCUGCUCGGACUGCCAGUGUCAGUCCAGGACAGGCAGCUGGAACAGUCCGAUAUUUUUGCUCUGGGCAGUCAACGAUCUAUGGAAGCAUGGCAGCAGUUUUCCGGUGUGGAUCCUCGCGCUGCCUACAAUGAGUCCACGACCAACCAAUUCUCGCUCUGCGGUGCAAUUGCAAGUGGCAAAGUGCAUUACGUGCCCUACUAA